GCUAGGGACCUUGGGAUGUCAACAUUGCUUCUUUUUUUUUAAAUUGUGUUAGUCAGUGUUGUACUUUUCCCUGGAUAGGAUCUAGAUCUAGCGAUUUGAUCCAUGUGUCGAGAUUGUGGCAUUUUCCAGGAGUACAAUUCUUGGAUUACGUUCUAGUCGAUUUGAGUUGCUAGUGUGCUUGGUUUUUAACCCCCCGGGAAAGAACCUUUACAUACGUUGGAAGGGAGGCAAUCCACUUGGUGAUAUAGAAAGUCAUGUAGUGCAGAGAGGACGGAAGAUGUGGCAUCCCUACUCCGUUUUUUAUCUAAUCACAGAGGGAGGGGGGACCAGUAAUGCGUGACCAGAGUUUCACACCACAGGUGGAGAAAACUUCCAAAUUACAAGUAACUGGAGCAGAAAACACACACACACACACAAACUCAGGAGGAAAGGAAAUGUGUAGGAAGGUACUCACAUCGAUUUCAUUGAUCAAAGUGUGAACUCUGGUGUGACUGUUAUUCUGACCCUGUAGUGUGACUUCUAGAUAACUAGACCGGAAUAUUUAUGUGAACUUAAAAGAAGUGAAUACAUACAGAAAUGAGUGAUUCCUUCUUAUCUUUUCUGCCUUCCCUUUGGAAGUACGCCAAGAAUGAUAACUCUACUGAUGAUGAGCCGAUGUGUGUCAGUGAAAUCAACCAUUACAAGUUCUAUCAAUUCUCCCUCAUACCAGCAUUCCUGCUGACUCUUCUCUUUGCCGCUUCUAAAAAACGUCGCCAGAAACUUUUAUCAGUUCUAGAUGGGAGGCCAGGACUUAUUUACCCCAUGGACACGCUGACCAGAUCUUCCAGAAUCUCUUAUUGCUGUGCGUUUGGUGCCACCGCCUUCUUGGUCUACGUCAUUCUGUUGGAGCACCGCUUCGCCAUACAGUACGAUGGACCCAUAGCUUUAAAAUCUUUGAUCGCAGUUCUCUCCAUGUUCGUCUAUGGUAUGGUGUUCUUCCCAGUGUUUGCAAGUCUUGCACUGGCCACAGCGUUAUCAUACCUACUUGGUUCCUUGUACACCUGGAUGUUUCUAGUGGUGGACGUCUACAAGCUGACCGAGUGUAGUUUCACUGUUGAAGCCAGAGCGAUACUGUUUGUUCGCGCGAUACCAAGUCUGUUGUGCCUCGGUUACCUCAGUAUUUCAAUGCCUAUCAGAUUCGUGCUGGCUUGCUGGAAUCGAAGAUUUUUUUUGUCUUCCGAAGACGAAACGCCGCCCUUCGAAAGUCUGGAUGACAUCAAAGAAUCUUUCCAAGGAAAACAUGUCCGGAAACUGCUGAGAAAACCAGAAGUCAAAGCCAAAAAAGUUGGAGCGGUGAACAUAAUCAAAAGUGUCUUUUCUAAUAAAGUUUAUGAAUUGUUGUACCACAGGAAGAGGGGUUUCAGAUAUCCAUCAAGACUUAUCUCUGUCAUGUUCAUCGCUGGAUGUGUUAUUUAUGUGUUAACGGUGGAGCUCUUGGUCCAAGUUAUUCAAUACAUCGACCUGGCCGAGACAUUCAUUGAGACUCAGCUACAAGCACUGGGUUUUGAUGACGAGGAUGAAGACUACCCUGUAGACCCCGAUCAGAUACCUCCAAGCCUUCAGAUUGGGCUUUUAAUUGCCCAAGUACUCUAUGGCUCGUUAAUCGCUACUGCAAUCACUGCUGGUCUGACAACGUUCAUCAAUAUUUUACAUAUGCUGUCUUCAUUCAGGUCCAACUUGCUGGCACUGUACAGAGGAGACUACAGCAAUAUCCCAUCCCCGUCAUCAAAAAGUGCAACGUCUCUUUGCCUAGGCAGUUUGAAGUAUGCAGGAUUUCAAGUUGCAUACAUUGUCUGGGCCUUCAUUAUAAGCAGUAUCAUCAUUUUUCUGUUCUGCAUAAUCUUAUCGUUCAUCAUUUUGAUUCUACUGGAAGGUUAUACUGACUGGCUUGUCAAUAAAGUGUUACAAAUCUGGCCUAGCGUGCUGGUGGCUGUGGCAUUGAUGAUUAUCCAAAAACUUUUGGCCACCUUUUUAUUUUUACAAGACAGGGGACAACACUUACGUUUAGAUAACAGACGAUUCUUCUUCAUCUUCACCUACUUCAUGUUUUUCUAUAACAUAUUUCUGGGUUUGAUCUCAUGCCUCAUGAGGAUCAUCAAGGCCAUGGUGGUGGGCACUUUAUUUUUAGCUCGCCUAGAUAACAGCACUUUACCCAGAAAAUUUGAGUUUUUAGAUCCAGGUUUUGCUGCCUAUCAAGGCUACAUCCACAUGGAGGCUGCACAUACCCACCCCGUGGUUCUAGUCUUUCUUAGACUGCUGGUCAGCUUGAGUAAGUCCAGAAAGUUGGACACCAGUGACUGUGUGAAGAUAGACAUGUCCAAUAAUGACGUGGCGACCAAUGGAAAUCCGGAGAGCAUGGUUAAACUGAACCAGAAAGAUACUGAGAAGUGCAGGCCAGUGAACCUGGCAGCGAGAUCCAAUUGGUUGGUCACGUACACCCUGCUACAUAACCCUCAGGUUCGUUUGUACAGAAAAGGAUUUAUUCAGGCCAUGAAGAAAGCCAGAGCAGAGGGCAUAAAGAUUCCGAUCAGUGAUAAGCCAAUCACAGACUUUGACUUGGUGAAGACUCAGGAGCAAAGGGAGCAAGAGAGACUAGAAGAGGCGCAAAAACUUCAAGGCUCCGACCCCAAGAAGAGCGUUUUCAGCAGUUUCAGCUUCGGCCGGAACAGUAGCAACAACUCCUCCUCCGAGUCAUCUGAGAAAGCCAACAAGAAGAAGAAACAUUUCUGGUUCGGCAAAAAGAAAAGGUCUGCAGAGGAUGACCCAAGCGUGGAAGACAAAGGCAGCGCCUUGGAAGUGCUGAAAAGUGGGGAGGAGGAGGAGGAAGAGGAGGGUGAAGUAGUGGAAGAAGCUGUUGAGGAAGAGGUUCCUGGCAAUGGUUCAGGAAACCAGGACACUGUCAUUGACAUUGACCACGCCACUGGAGCUGUGAAUAUAUAAACACGCCACUGGAGCUGUCAAUAUAUAAAUCUGGAAGAUGAGACAGGAGAUCUCUUAAGUUCUAUUAAAAUUACAACAAAAAAAUCAAUCAGUACAUGAGUGUACAACUGACAAUAAGAUAAAUGAUAUUUACCUGUUUAACUUGUUUCAUUGCUCAUAAGACAGCACAUUUUCUUUUUUUCAGAUAAAACUCAUUUAAUAUAUUUUCUUGAUAUGGAAACUUAGGGCAAUGUUAUGAUCACUAAUUACAUCCUAAUUUUAUUAUUUGAUGCAGUAUAUAAAAAAACAACUUUUCAACAGUCAUCUAUAAAUCAAUCUUUCAGGGCAUUUGUAUUUUCAAAUUUUUUUUUAAACACAAAUAUUAUAUAAAAUUUAAUACUGCUUUGAAACAUAUGAUAGUAUGAUAGUAUUCUAUAAUCCUAGUAUUCUUAGUGCAACUUUUAUAUUACUUGAUAAAAUAUAACUGAUAGCUUUUUUUCUCUUCUGCUGUGUUUUACAUAAGCUAGUGAUGGUACAGAAAGAUGUCAACAGUUAUUUUGUAAAUAAUAAUUCUAUUUAAAUAUUUGUUUACCUUUUUUGUUAUACUCUAUUCUUGGAGUGUAGUACCAUGCCAUUCGGGCAAAUGCCCAGUGGGUUGAUAUCAAAAUGGGCCUGUGGGGUCACCGAAAGGGCAGCACAGAUGUAAUAUGUAUCAAAUUGUUUUAUGAUAAAAGGAGCCCUCUGAGAGUCAUGUUUAAACAAAUCUGACUCCACAGUGUAAUACUAAUUUAAUCUAAUAUUUUUUCCGAAACAAUGUAAUAUCCUACAUAGACAGUGCUACUAGUAGUAGGCUGCAUCCUUUUAGAGCCUACAGACUAAGCUAAUAAAAAGCAACAUAAGGCCUAUAUUUCUUAUAAAGAGUCUAAUAUACGCACACGUACAGUUAUCUGUACAUAAUGAAACUUAACCUAAUGAUUUUGAGGACAUUUAGACCUAGAAUUGGAAUCGUGUCCUAUGAUAUACAAUUUAUGGGCCGGAUAGUAAAGAAUUGCCCGGGCCGAUUUUGACACCCAGUCCGCCCCUGCAUACACGUGUUGUUGUUUCUUUGGUACAAUUAAAACACUUUAUUAUGAUUUCACAUUGACUGAUAUCUUGGUAGCAAUGGUUCAUAUUCGAUAUAUAUUUUUUUUAAAAGGAGGAUGGAAAAUCUUGUAAAGUUUUAUAGGUUGAGGGGAUAGUUUUGUAAACAAAAUUUUAUUUUGUUUAAAAAUAGUUCUAUUUUUAUAUUUUGAUAUUGACUUCUAUUGUUUGUAAAAUAUCUAUGAUGUAACACAUGGUGACAUUGUUCUAAACUGUCUUGUUUUUAUUCUAUUAUUUUACUCAUUCGGGUUGAUAUUACAAAAGCAUCUGUAUGCAACCAAGAUCUCCUAUAUAUGUGAAUAUCGCCAUAGUCCAUGAAUGAAUUAUACCUUAUUUUUUUAAUGUGUUUGUUCUAUAUAAUAAGCUUGCCUUUCUUAGUGCUUUACAAACUUUUGUCAUGUAUAUUUUGCCUUAUUGUGUUUUCAAUAUUUUUAGACUCCCCUAAACCUGCUGCCUUCAGUUUAUUUUGUGCUUGUCAAUAAUUUUAUUUUACUGUGCAAACAUAAUGUCUGAUCUCAAAUGUAAAAAAAAAAAUGUUUUGUAAAAUAAUGUACAAGUUGUGGAUGUUCCUUCGGAGUUGGAAAUACCCUACUUUCUAGUCUAAACCUCCCGCAGGAUGACGGGGUAUGGCAGCGGGCAGGGUUUGAACCUGAGACCAUUAAGACACGCAUAAACUUCAACAAUGAUCCAACUACGCACAUACGUAUUCAUAUUAAAACUAAAAUGAUAUUAUUAUUUUAAAAAAAGAUCUUUGCGUUGCUUUGCUUACUAUUGCAUUGCAAGAUAAUGUGAUAGUAGGCCUACUUGGCUACUUGCAACAAUUUUUGUUACUAGCUAGAGUGGUUACAUAUUACAAUUAUAAUUAUUUUCCUGUCAUCUCUAUUUCUUUACGCCAUUUUUUUCUUGAUUUAAAUCUUAAUCCUUAAUUUUUAAAGCAUUUACUGGAUGAGUUUAUAUAUCUCAAAUGUAAGUUUAACUAACAAAGUCGCCAUGACAUGGAAUCUUCAUUCUUUCAUAAGUUCUCACAAGUUUUAUCUUAUUUGAAAAUGCUGCCCAAUGAAACUACCUCAUAAGAAAUUUGCAUUGAAAGACAAAUGUUUCACAUUUUAAAGAGAAAACAAAUCAAGCAUCAUUGCUAUUGGUAUCUUACGUUUGAAUUCAGUCUUAACUAAUGGCAGAGACAAAAUGUUAGAAUUCAGUGGUUCUCACAUUUUCUCGAUACAGUUUGGUCAAGGUAAGAAACAAGUUAAUUAAUACAAAUGAUAUUGUAUCCCCCCUCCAAAUAGAAUGUACAGAUUGGGUACAAGUACCCUUUCAGACCUUGCGAUCUGCCAGAUUAUGUAACGGUCAAAUGUUUCAAUGGCCAGCGGUUAACUGGUGUGUCAUGUGGCUAGCACAACGACCUACCGCUUCAGUGUUGGGUGGAUUCAGGAGCGCUCUAAAAUGUAAAAAAUACCGAAGUGAAUCACCACGCGACAGAUUGUGUACAAGUGUACACACUUAACUCAAAACAUUUUUACUUUCUAAAAAAAAAUAAAAAAUCCUUAGCCAAUGUUGUCUCUCCAACCUCAAGAUGUGAACUUUGAACCUAAACGUCGUGGUUCCAACUUGUCUGGAGAAACUUUGUUCAAAUGUACAAACACAAAUCUCUCACACUAUUGAUCACAAUUUAAAACGUUUGUACAUUUACAUUUAUAGUUACAUCCCCGUGACUGGCUCAAUGUUUUUUUUAAUAUAAUUAACACAUUUAGGCCAACUCUACUCUUUAUAAGGUCUAACUCGCUUCUUUAUUCGAUCGCUUUUUUUCAUGAAUUCCGAAACAAAAAAAACAAAAAAAAAAAAAAAUCCCCACUAGAACACAUAUAUAUCCCGCUUUAUCUAGAAUAAGAAGCUUAUCGGAGAUGUAAAUAAUAAUCUCCUGAGUCACGUGACAGCCUAGAGCUAAUAAAAUAGUGAUAUUAACUUAGGCUGAGUUACAUUUCAUUUACUUAGGCAAACAUCGGCCAGCCUCUGACUUUCGAUUACUUCCGUAGCGGGUUGGAGAUAAUGCCAGGCAUCGUGAAAUCCCAUGGUCACUGAAAAGGAUGUUUCGCAGGCCAGAUGGGUCUGGAGUGUAUCAGUGGCUCUUCGCCUCAAAUUCUGUCGAUGAUCGAGACCAUUCUGGUAACAUUAUGUAACCUGUAGCGUCACACAAUUACCAGUUCAUCCACGUUGGGCUGGCUAAUUCGGCAAAUUUCUAAGUAAUCCUAUUAUGUAAGACAGAAUUCCGUGGCAGGACUCCCAGUGUAGGAAAGCCGCUUCCCUAAACAUCCCCUCUUUCCAUCAUGCAGAGCUAGUUCACGUUACUUUAGUAGUAGCAUCGUAUUGUUAAGUGACUCCAACCAAGGAGAAAACAAAUAACUACACACCAGCUAGCGGUUUCGUAUUGAAGCAUGUUAUAUAGUAUAGUAUACCAAGACCAAAACUCACACCAUCCUCACAAAGUUGAGACCCACUUGUGUUAAUUACCAGGACUAUACAACGCGGUCUUUGUCUUCAGAACUCUUUUGUUUUAAGUUAUGGGGCGUAACACUGUUUAUUAAUAUACCCCCGCGGACAAUGGCUUUGUCUGCAUUAGGUAUGUCAAAAUAUGUAGGUCGCAGCUGGGUUUGCGUAGUCAUUCAUCCUUAAUCUUCAGAAUUGACGACAUGGCCUUGAUUAUAAUGUAACAUUGUCCAAACCACUAUAAAAAAAAGGUUUGGGAGCUGCUGUAGUGUCAAAUACUCACCCCUAGUCUUUAGCAUUUACCAGUGAACUUUUUUUUUGUAACCAAAUAAUUGCUCAUCUUCAUAAAGAAUGUUCAAUUUACUAACUUGAACAUGUUCAUAUCUUGUAUUGAACUAUGAACAUGGUGUUCAAAACAAUUCUUUGAACAUUUGUAAUUUGUUUUGAAUCGACGUUGUAGUUACUCUAUGUGUUCAAUGUACAUUAUACUAUUCGACCUUUAUGUGUACUAGUGACUAUACAUAGAACUACUUUAUAUGUGAUAAUAUUGCAUGUUAUACAUGUGGAUACUAUCGAAGUCUCAGUUGUUAUGUAUAAUAAAUGCCAGGCUAGUAGAAACGAUUUUAUUUUUAUAAUAACCGUUAGAAUUGGCCUUUUUUUUUCUGUGAGUAUUCAAGUGACAUCAAAAGGAUGUUUUGUUAUGAAGUAAGUUUUUUGUCUACUAGAUUUAGAUGUAAAGAUCAACAUUUAACGUAGCGCAGAAGCGUUUAUAUUUUAGCCAACUAAGAUUGCCUGCCAUAAUACAUGUCCUAUACUUAUAAGUUCUAGUAUUUUAAAAGGGAAGUAAUGAUUAGUGAAAAUACAAACUUAUACACUUUUA